GUAGAGCACUUCUGUGUCAGAGUCCAUCAGAGCUGAGCUGCUUUCAGACGACUCCGUCUUGUUGUGGAUGCUGAAGCUGAUCAUGGUUCUCCUGUGGAGGAUCCUGUUGGUGCUUCUGCUCUGUGCAGAGGCCGAGAACGUGACCGAGGUCAGAGGAGAGCUGGGGACCAAUGUCACUCUAACCUGCUCCAAUCAGACAUCAGACCCAUACUGGUACAUGGAGAUCCACAGUCAGUUCAGAGCAUGUAUCGGCCGCAGUUUUUCUUCAGCAGACUCUACCUACUACUCUCCUGAUUUUGAAACCAAAUUUUCAAUCCUGGGAAACAAACUCAUGAUUAAAAACUUGACAGCAGAGGACUGCAGGCUUUACUUCUGUGGCAUCAAGAGAGGAGGCAGCGUUCAGUUUGUGGAGACUUUCAGCCUCGUCUCAGGUCUGAGUUGUGUAUCGUUGUCUCUGAAGAGGAGAAUCAGCAAAUAUCAGGCAAACCUCCCUCCAGCUGGGACCAGUGAGAGGCUGGAGGCUCCACAGGUAACUCAAAGUGUACAGGUGACCCUGCAGCUCAUGCUCAUUGUUCUCCUUCAGUGCUACUUUGUCCUGUACUCAGUGCUGCUGAUGUGUUUCAGUACGAGGAGAUACAGCUCGCCCGUCGAUCUGCUGCUCCUACUACAGAGUGCAUUUACUACAAACUGCAGGUUCCUCAGCUGUCACUGCCUCAAAGCUGAUGGACACACCUGGACAGGUGGAUGAUACCUGGUGGAUUCAGAUUUUGUGGACAGAGGUCAAUCUGAUGUCUCAGGACUUUCUGCUCCUCUGCUUGUGGGAGGAUUUCUUUCUUCCUGUCGCAAAAAUCCACAAACUUGACAAACAUCAGAAAUGCAGUGAGAUUAAUUUCAGUCAGAAACAAUCUGCUCUGCUUCUGAGCUCAGAUGGACCCAAAGAUGUGACAACCUUUAGCCAAACCUGCUUUAAGGUGGUUUAGGACUUAAGGUGGAUAUGCCAGAAUUCAAAGAUGUUGUUAAAGCCUUUAAAUAUUUAUUUGUUCUGUCUCUGUUUGCAUCUGUUUGGUUGCUUAUGCUAUUCUGAACACAUUCAAAGCUUAAGUAAGUCAAGUUUAUUUAAAGAUUGGCUUUACAGUUUUUUACAGUCGCUAACAAGCGCCUACCCAUACUUCAGAUACUUUUUCUAAACUCUUAACACAGAACCACACCUACAAAACACAAUUGGCCAAAUGGAUAAUAUCCUUCCCAAAAAUACACUCUGUUAAAUAUAUACUAACUCCUCAUUUCAAAAUUAGAACACAUCU